AUGACUGACUACGUUUGGUAGGUGGAAUCAAAGCUGUUUAGUUAGUGCUGCUGUUUGGAAAUGGUGAUGCUAUAGCGGACAAGUUAAUAUCAUUUUUUUUGGAGAUAUUUGUGUGCCAUAUUUGACGUUUAUUUUUUAUUUUUUUCAUUUCCAGAGGACCAAUCCUUUUAUGUUUAUAUUUUAGGCAGAAUGCUUUUGUGUACUUUAGCAUUUUUACUUCUGUGUAAUGUCACCUGGGCUGUAUACGAUCCGGAUGAGGUGACCGCCUUACCUGGUAUGUCAUUUAAGCCGAACUACAGACAGUGGUCCGGCUACCUCAAAGCAAGUUCUGGGAAGUAUCUCCAUUACUGGUUCGUGACGUCACAGAGGGACCCAGGGAAAGACCCCGUGGUUCUGUGGCUGAACGGCGGCCCAGGAUGCAGUUCGUUGGAUGGGUUCCUUUCGGAGAAUGGACCGUUUCAUGUUGAUGAUAAUGGCUAUACCCUGUAUGAGAAUGAGUUCAGCUGGAACAAAGUGGCUAAUGUGUUAUACCUGGAGUCACCAGUUGGUGUGGGAUAUUCUUAUUCGGAUGAUAAGAAAUAUAAAACAGAUGAUGAUGAGGUGGCCGACAACAACUAUCUCGCCCUGCAAAGCUUCUUUCUGAAGUUUCCCAACUUCACCCAAAACGAGUUUUACGUGUUUGGGGAGAGCUAUGGCGGGAUUUACGUUCCGACGCUCAGCCUCAGAUUGGCGGCAGACAAGGCUGUUAACUUCAAGGGCUUUGGAGUGGGGAACGGCCUCAGCAGUGAUGCCCUCAACGAUCAGUCCCUCAUCUACUUUGGAUACUACCAUGGCCUCUUUGGAGAACAGCUGUGGGCGGAUCUCAAUGCGCACUGCUGUAAAGACGGAGCCUGCAAUUUCUACGACAACAGCGAGCCUGACUGCCAGCAAUCGGUGUCCGAGGCGUUCAGCAUCAUCUUCGAGUCGGGCCUUAACGAGUACGCUCUGUACCUGGACUGCGCCGGGGGGGCCCAGUCUGCGAGGUCGUACCACAAAACCAUGCUCAACCUCUUCAGAAACUACCGGAAGCACUGGAGCCCUGAGCUGGUCUGGAGGGGAGGGGGGGGCGAUGCGCUGGAGAAGAGACUGACGGGGGUGCCCCCCUGCAUCAACAGCACCGCGCAGAUGAACUGGCUGAACAGGGGCGACGUGCGCAAGGCCCUGCACAUCCCGGACACCCUGCCCCCCUGGGACAUCUGCAGUGAUGAUGUUGGGAGACAGUACCAGAGGAAUUAUUCCACAAUGAGGGAUGUGUACCUGAAGCUGUUGGGCUUGGGCCUCAGGGCGCUGGUGUACAAUGGGGAUACGGACAUGGCCUGCAACCACAUCGGAGACCAGUGGUUCGUGGAGCAGCUCAACCAGAAGGAAACCACCAGCUACCAGCGCUGGUUAUACGGCAAUCAGAUUGGUGGGUUCUACCAGCAGUUUGGCAACAUAACCUUCCUGACGGUGAAAGGGGCAGGUCACAUGGUUCCACAGUGGGCUCCAGGACCCGCCCUCCACAUGUUCCAGUCCUUCCUGGAAAACAGCCCUUACUGAGCAUGCUCAGGACUCGCUCCCCAUCAAUCAUCUGUGACUCCCCCAUGCUCUCUUAUAAGAGAUCAGUGCAGCAAAGAGCACCAAUCUAGCAGCAGCUUUAAGGUACAACCAGUUGUCCUCGCGUUUAUGUAGCCUAUCGUUUCGAUUUGCAGUUGCCUAUUUUUGGUUUCUUUGUUUACAUUGGCCUUCAGAGAAGAAUCCUUUACUUUCCUAUGUAUUAUUUCAUGGUGUAACUUGAGGGAUUGAACCAGUAUAAAUGGCUUUAAGAUAAUCAGGGUUUAUGAAAUCACCAUCUUAACUGAUUUGUAUGUCUUGGAGGUUUGGAAACAUCACAUUCAUUCAAUUUACUAAUUCCUGUGCUAGAAUAACCACUGUCUAGUCUGAUUUUUAUCCUGACCUAGUUUCUCCCUUCUUGAAGGGGGUGGCGACAAGAUGUUUAAUUUAUCAGGAGCCCAAACUGGGAUUGUAGGCUCACUGUGUUUAUCUCCAGCCAGAGGUACUGGCUGGUCUGUGUGAUGAAAAGAUGGUGAUUUAAUGACUAAGUGGUUUAUUUUGAGGAUUGAAACAUGUUUGUCACUUUAAUGUGCCUCAGGUUUGAGUAAAUUGCACUUAACAGGAAAUUUAUACGAGACAUCUGAGCAAGAACUGAACUGCACUGGUUCAUUUAAGCCAUACAAACACACUUUCAUUGUCGUGCCAUGGCUUGUUGCACAAUGUUGGGAGGAAACGCACCGUUAAACACGCAAACGGUAGCAAAACGUUUUGUGAUUGAGCAUGUCCCAGCUCUAUGACUCUCAGAAUAGGUGUGGCUGUCAUCCCUAACUGCCAUCAUGGCGAGGAAAACCUGACCCUUUGAAUGUAGCGCUGUUCUCCUUUUACUCCAAUGAUGUACUGGUCAUAUCUCACCCUCCAGGAGUGUAUGUAAGGUAGUAGGUGUCACAGUUGUGGGUGAAUACCCUUAUUAAAGGCGAUCAGUGCAAUUUUAUUAUGUGAAUUAUGUCUGUAAAUUAUGUUUUCCUAAUAAAAAACAUUCUUGGCACUAA